AUGGCUGGUAAUGGAAAGGGAAAAGGAAAUAUAUCUCAGAAAGGUUUAAAAAGCUAUUUUGGCACUAGUUCAAGUGGUUCAAUUAGACAACCAAGUACUUGUGGUAGUGGAAUUGCUCAACAAGAGGUUGAAGAUGGGAAAGAUCAUUUUGCGCUUGUAACAACCGGUGUAGAAGAUGAAUUUGCUCAAGCAACAACUGGUGUAGAAGAUGAAGUUGCUCAAGCAGAGCUUCAAGAAGGUAUAACCGAGUUCAACCCGGACUAUAUCAUAUCGGAUCCAGGACUUCGUAUUUCAAUUGAUCGUUUUGCCCCUAAUAUUAGAGAUGAAGUUAGAAGGGCUUUUAUAGCUAAAGGUUCUUUUCAACCAAUGGAUCAUAAGUUUCCUACCUCGAAUGAUAGUAGGAGUUUUCAAAAGAAAUGGUUUAAGCAAUACAAUUGGUUGGAAUAUAGUGUGGAGAAGAAUAAAGCUUAUUGCUUCUAUUGCUAUGUUUUUAGACAUGAUCGAAUAGAAGAGAAAUUUGGUCAUGAUGUUUUUACAAAAGUCGGGUUCUCGCAAUGGAAGAAUGGUUAUUUAGCACUUCCAAAACAUGUUGGUGGGCCUAGUAGCAUUCUUAACUUUGCAGCAACAUCAUAUCAUGAUUUUGAUAACCAAAGAUCAAGUGUAAGAAAUAGGGUGUCAACUCAUACGAAAGAUGCAUUGGUCAAACAUGAAACCCAAGUGGAAGCUUCCUUGAGUAUUGUCGCUUAUCUUGCAUUACAAGGUGAGCCAUUUCGGGGGUAUGAUGAAACUUCUACUUCAUUGGAUAAGGGCAACUUUUUGGAAAUGCUUGAUUGGUACAAGGAAAGGAAUGAGGAAGUGAAACGUGCUUUGGAUGAGUUGUGUCCAAAAAAUGCAAAAAUGACUUCCGGCACGAUUCAAAAAGACCUUGCAAACUCUUGUGCACAAGCAAUUACAAAGGCAAUAAAGGAAGAAAUGGGGGGUUGUCUAUUCUCUAUUCUUAUUGAUGAAUCACGUGAUAUAUCUAUCAAAGAGCAAAUGACCAUAGUUGUUAGAUUUGUGAACAAAAAAGGGGAAGUCAUAGAAAGAUUUUUGGGUAUCAAGCAUAUCAAGGAUACAACAUCGGAAUCAUUGAAGAAAGCAUUACUUGAAGUGUUAAAUGAUCAUGGUUUAGUUGUUGCAAAUAUACAAGGGCAAGGGUAUGAUGGUGCUUCCAAUAUGAGAGGAGAAUUUAAUGGUCUUCAGAAAUUGAUUAGAGAUGAGAACCCUUUUGCUUUCUAUAUCCAUUGUUUUGCUCAUCAAUUGCAAUUGGUAGUUGUUGCUGUCUCAAAAUACGCCUCAUCUAUUGAAGAUUUCUUUGAGUAUGUGACACUAAUUGUGAGCAGCACUUCCACUUCAUGUAAAAGGAAGGAUUUAUUGCUUGAUAGACAUCGAUUGAAUCUCUUGUCUAAAUUAGAGAGUGGAGAAAUAUCAUCUGGGAGAGGUAAACAACAAGAAACAUCAUUGGCAAGACCUGGAGAUACAAGAUGGGGAUCUCAUUAUAAGAUUUUACUUCGUAUUGAGUCAAUGUGGGAUUCAGUAAUAGAAGUGCUAGAAAUUGUGAAUCAAGAUGAGCGCAAUUCAUCUAGGGCAGGAGGAUUGGUACAAAUUAUGGAGUCUUUCAGCUUUGUAUUUAUCAUGAAGAUAAUGUUGCAGAUCCUUCGUAUUACAAAUGAGCUCUCACUCAUCUUGCAAAGGAAGAAUCAAAAUGUUGUUCAAGCUAUGUCUUUGAUUAUUGAUGUGACGACACGUUUGAAUAAUUUGAGAAGUGAAGGUUGGGAACCAUUGUUUGAAGAAACAAAAGCCUUCUGCCUUGCAAAAUGUAUCCCAAUACCAAAUAUGAGUGAUCAAGUACCACGAUUUGGUCGAUCAUGA